UAAGCGGAGGGGAGGGAGGAGUCAGUGAGCGGAGCCUCCGGAGGGAGGAGACCUUACUGGAACAGCCUGGCGUCUCUCGAGUCGCUCCUGAAUUCGAAGUGCGCCACAGCAGGACCGCAGCCGCUUCUCCGUCUACCACCCUCCAACAGCUGAGUCCAGUCGAUCCAGAACGGAGAACUGUCUUCCUUCAGGUCCUCUGCUCCUGUUGCCGUUCAGUGACCUCUGACCUCCGGGAGUCUCCUCAAGUCGGCCAGCAUGUCGGUGAGCGUCACCAGAGCCGAGGGGGUCACGGUGCUGACCCUCAACACCGACUCCAGCAGCAUCUGCCCCCCGCUGUGCCAGAUCCUCGGGGGGCUCUGCUACAACCCGGUCUGCUGCUCCCGGUCCCGGGACCUGCACCGGGGCCAGAGGAGCGCCCAGACCCUGCUGGGGGCUCUCCUCAUCCUGUCCGGCCUCCUCACGGUGGGUCUGGCCGUCAUCCUGUCGCUAAGCCACGCCUACUGGUGGUUCAUGGAUCCCACCGCCUUCCCCUUCUGGAUGGGCGGCCUGUUCGUGUCGUUCGGCGUGCUGAGCGUUCUGUCGGAGCGGUUCCCCAGUCCCUGCCUGGUCGUCCUCAACGUGAUCCUGCAGCUGUCCGGCGUGUGCUUCGCCAUCGCCGCCAUCGUCAUGUUCUCCAUCAACUUGGCCGACACCAACCUGUGGGAUUUCUGCAACUUGGACAACUUCAGGCUAAACUACGACUACGACGACUACGGCCGGCGCCACGCCCGGACCACGCCCAGCCCCUCGGCCCAGGAGACGGCCCUGAGGGACGCCUGUCUGGAGGCCAAGCGGCUCAGCCUGAUGCUGCUGAUGGGGAUCAACGGCGUCCUGAUCGUCCUGUCGGCGCUGCAGCUCUGCCUCUGCGUCAGCUCCUCCGUCAUGGGGGUCAGGGCUCUGCAGAGCAUCCGGAAGACGCCGUCCCAGAGCGCCGAGGAUCCAGACGACUGCAAACCGCUGCUGGAGUGACUCAGGAGGUGGAAGCCGCCAUGAAGCCGUUCCUCGUCCCCACGGCGUCGGUCGCUGCCUGCCUUCUGUUCUCUGCUCAGUCCCAGCUUCUUGUUUCACCGCUUCUUCCUGCCUCUGCACUCUUUUUCAUAUUUACACUGAAACGUUCAAGUAAACUGAAUGAAAAGGAAACGAGAGUGUUGUUCUGCUUUUAUCGACGCGCCGGCUCAUCCAGCAGUCCGGCAGGGUUUGAGAGAGAGAAAUAAAACCGGGAGGUAAACGAGCGUUUGUUACUUUUGGAGGGAUGAAGCCUGGCCUGCCGCUUCAGCCUGAUCCCUGCUUCAGAAGUGACCUCCAGGACGAGCAGUGGAGCAAAAUGUGGAUUUUUCUUUGAAAGAAACUGUGUCUUCUCUUUGUGCACGAUCCGAGCAAAAACAGGCUUUAACCAGCAAAAAACACACACCGCGUCUGGACGAGGGUUCGACUCCCCUGAUGGGAAGUGAAACUCGGAUUCUGGUUUUCAGUCUUGUCUGCACUGAAAUGAGAAUGCUGCUGGGUUUUUUUCUAUUUCCUGGGAUUUCUCCUUUUUCACAACGUGCAGACUCGUGACCGCUUCCUGCUGCUUCACUGUUUUCAUCUGUUUCUAUUAAACACUUUUAUAACCACG